AUGAACCGCCAUCGUUCUCAACCUGGGCUUGAUCUGAUAGCACUGACCUGGCCAGUUUGGAUACGGGAACCUUGGCGUCAAUGUAGCGUAGGAGCGGGCCGUUUGCGACGAGCAGUUGGCAUUCCUGUUCUCGUUGUCCGAGCUGUUUGCGGUCUCGUUGGUGGAGGAAUGAACAUUUUUACUACAAGGGUUCCAGCGUUCGACCUUGCAUGGGCAGCGGGUCGCAUGGGUAUUGGCAAAUUACCCAAACCCAGGAGAAUUCCGUUUGGGUAA